UUGUGGUUGUUGUCGGAAUAAGAAGAAGAAAAAAGAGAGAUGGGGAAGCAGCCGGUGAAGUUGAAGGCGGUGGUAUACGCGCUUUCGCCGUUUCAGCAGAAGAUAAUGACCGGACUCUGGAAGGAUCUCCCCGAGAAGAUUCACCACAAGGUCUCCGAGAAUUGGAUCAGCGCCACUCUUCUCCUCACUCCUGUCCUCGGAACCUACUGGUAUGCUCAGCACUUCCAGGAACAGGAGAAACUCGAGCACAGGUUCUGAAACAUGAAGCCUGCUCCCUCCUCUACUACAACUAUUUGAGACUUUGGUCGGAAGCCAAACUCUCUUAAUAGAAUUUUUGAUUCAGUUAUUUUCUGAAACUGGCUAAUUUUCCAAAUGUUUUGGUUCAUGACAAUCACUAUUGGUUGAAAUGUAUCUUUCUUGAUAUAAUAUCACAUGGACAACGUUUGCUUCA